GGAUUGGACUAUCGAAGAAAAGGAAGAAACGAAGGAAAACUUCAUAUAUUUCAACUGGAAAGCUCUACUAGAAUGUCCACUAUGUAAACGUAUACAUGACAAGAAUCAGAGUGAUGAACUAGGGGAUAUUUUUGAAUGCGACCCAUUUAUUGCAGAAAAAAUUCAGCAAAAAAAUAAAAAUAUAUCUUCGGCGUCUAGCAUUUGCAAGAUAAAAGACCCAGGUUUUCCUAAAGUCUUCAUAAAAUUCCCAUCUUGGGUCCAGUAUAAUGAUCCCCUUAUAGCGACAGAAACAUAUAAGGAGAGAUAUCAUCUUACUAUAUCUGAUGAUGUGAAUUUACUAGUAUUAUCUACGCGCCACUCUUACUCGAAUGCUGUUACUACAAGACUCAAUCUCAAAUUAUAUUAUGAUAUUGAUGUAUCUAUAAUUGCUCAAGCACAAAGUCGUCUGGCAGGUCAAUCGAUAGAAAAGUUAUAUAAAUUAAUCCAAGAGGCAAGGCAUAUUAUUCCCCAGAAGGGCAAGACAUUCCGCUUGGUCUCUAAUAAAGAAACUGUAUUAGCUGAACUUUGGGAUUGGGCUAAGAAAAUGAUUUCAUUACCUAUUGAGAAUCGGAAAAGUGCUUCACUUAUCUGCUAUCUCAGAAAAGACGUUCAAGGGAUUGUUCGUGCUUUUAAGACCAAUUUUCCAAAACUACGAAUCAAGGAAUAUCAUGAUAAAUCAGAUCUUGAGGAAAAGGCUCACGAUUUUAGCAAU